AAAAUAGCAUAUCGCUACAAGUACUUAAUCCAUUCAAGACGGCGUGACCUGAAGUGUCUCUGUGUUGAGCUGGUGACAGGAACGCGUCGUUUGACCCAGAAUUCAACUCUCGCGAGAGCAAAACUGAGCGAGAUUAACGUGCUCGUGGGGAAACUGUCGAGACAAAACAAAAGCCACACAGUACACACAUUUCAGCCACCUGGCGCUGGUCGCUUGUUAUUCGCAUUUUGUUUGCUUGUUCCUCCUUUCCCGGAUUUCAUAUUCUUGACGAAAUUGUUCAACGAUGCCGAGCAGCACGUCUUUGCUGGAGGCCGACGAGGGAGAAUCCGAGGUCCCGCCGCCGCCGCUAGUGCACGCUUUCGCCGGCAUGGGCCUCGACGAGCACCUUGGCCCCCAAAGUCAGACGGCAUCCGAGCAAUCGGAUGAAAGUUCAGCCUUAUACCACCACCACCUCAUCCCGGCGUCCCGCUUUAACCUCCUCGGUACGGUCCUCGACUUGAAGCCACUGCAGCAUCGACCACCUUCGGGAGACGAAGGAAACGUCACGCCCGAGGACGAAGACCCACAAGUUGCAACCACGUCGGGUAGCCCGUUGCUUUCGCAGGCCCAUCAAUAUAUGCAUUCUGCGGGGCAGGCUGGCUCCGCGAUGCCGUCAGCUUUGGAGCAUGUGGAGACGGUGUUGCUGUACAAUGGAGACGAAGGGGGGGAUGACACCGGCGUGUACUGCGGAGAGCCGGGCGGUGGCUGCUUCGAGGCCGAGGCGUCGCUCCUCGCUCGCCGGAAAAGUGUCAACACGACUGAAUGCGUGGCCGUGCCCAGUUCCGAGCACGUCGCGGAGAUCGUGGGCCGACAGGGUUGUAAGAUUAAAGCACUCCGAGCCAAGACCAACACGUACAUCAAGACGCCGGUGAGGGGCGAGCAGCCGGUUUUCGUUGUGACUGGACGCAAGGAAGACGUAUGCAUGGCCAAGCGGGAGAUUUUGUCAGCCGCCGAGCACUUCUCCCUCAUCCGGGCAUCCCGGAACAAAGCGGGCUCUCUGUCUGUGGCGUCCGGGCCGGGGAUCCCCACUUUGCCCGGACAGACCACCAUUCAGGUGCGGGUGCCAUACCGUGUCGUCGGACUGGUUGUGGGUCCAAAAGGGGCGACCAUCAAGCGCAUCCAGCAGCAGACGCACACCUACAUCGUAACGCCGAGUCGCGACAAGGAGCCCGUGUUUGAGGUGACGGGGAUGCCGGAGAAUGUCGACCGUGCCCGCGAGGAGAUUGAGGCGCACAUCGCCCUGCGCACGGGCAACUGCGGGGGUGGCGUAGAGGCACCCGGCGCGGACAACAACGACUUCCAAUUCAACGGCACGGACGUCAGCUUCGACAACAACGGCGAAGCCGGGUGGUUCCUCGCGGGCGGCCUCCUCCAGGCGAACCUGAGCGGCGGAGGCAACCAGCGGGCUAAUGCGGCCGGCGGUGGUCGCAUCUCUUCCACCUAUCGCAACGACAGUUCCAGCUCCCUGGGCAGCGGCUCCAGCUCCACCGACUCCUUCUAUGGAGGAAGCGGCGGCGCCGCCAACCGCAUGGCUGACUUCAGUCCCACUUGCUCAUUCAACGCGAAUUCCAACAACAACAAUAACAGCAGCAACGACGACAACCCAGGGGCCACCAGCUUCUGGUUCGGAGACUCUGAGCCCAACGCGGCGGCGGGCGGGAGCUGUUCAUCGGGAUUCGAACCCCUUACAGUCUCCACAGGCGGUGCGCCGCUGCACAACUGGAGCCCCUUUGUGGACCACCAAAGUCUUCAGGCCUUGGACGGACGGCCCGCACAGACGAGUCAGCCCGGGACGCCCCGCCUCUCCCCCACCUUCCCCGGGGCCGACGCCCUGGAGCAUCCCCAGGCGCUGCACAUGCUCCGCGCUCCCUUCGGCGGUGGCCACCGCCCGCCCUCCUACUGCUCGGCCUUCUCUUCCUCCUCUGGCGACAGCUCGUCCUCAUCGCCGCCCGAGCCCUCCCUGGCCUAUGUGGCGGGGGCUUCAGCGGGUCAGGGCCGCCGCCCGGGCCCUGAUGUGUGCAUUCGCUGCCUGGACGGCCGGGCUGUGGCCGCCCUGGUCCCCUGCGGCCACAACCUCUUUUGCGCCAAAUGCGCCGCCCAAAUCUGCCAGUGUCCCGAUGCCACCUGCCCCGUGUGCCUGUCGCCCGUCACACGGGCCCUCCGGCUUCGCAACAUGUGACUGGCGAACGGCCAAGUCUUCAAAUGUAGCGACCAGAAAAUGUUUCAAACGUUUUAGCCACCUUUGAUUUUUUUUUUUAUUGUUUUUUUUUUUUGUUUGUUUUUUUUGGAGGGGGCGGAAUUUGCAGCCGACUCUCAUGACCGUCACCCUCCGCAGGGGGGUGCAAGUGAGCAUGUUUACAAACGGCAGGACUCCCGACCUUAUCGUAUUAACCAGUCGUAUUAUACAUUCACACAUCAUAUACUGAAGCGGCAUGAAAACCCGCCUUUUCUUUCUUGACACUCCACUGGGCGUCAACUCGUUACCUUAGCGGUGCUAUUUUUUUUUUUUUAAUUAGUUCCCAGGUUGCUGGGAGUCACUACGCCAGGAUCAAAGUCGUUUACAGUUAAAACUCGUGCCUGAAAUUAAGUUCCGAAAGAAAAAUCUGAUUGCUUCAAAAACAACCUAAAGCGUGGCCUUUUUUUUUUUUUUAGACUGAUGUAAUGUACACAUCAGGUUUAAAGUCUUAACACUUUUUUUUUUGCUUCCACAUCUUUUUUUGUGCAUACUUAGUAUUAACAUUCCUUUUACAAAAACUGCUGUAAAUGUAGGAACAACUCCUCGAAUGUUCUCCAGUGUUGAGAUUUUAUUUUUAAAAUUAAUCGUACGACCAAUUUCCUCGUUCUGCCACCAGGCCUAUGCAAGAGUCCGCUUGGGUUGGGAAAACCAGGGCGAGGAAAUAAAACGAGGGAUUUGAUGGUACUUUUUCAUUGGGACUCAGGGGCGGGGGGACGAUGUUUAUCCAUUCCUUACACCCCCAAAAUCAUCUCUUUUUUUGUUUUUGUUUUUUUGACGCAUGGGACUGUUGUCGGACGUUUAUGAGGGGAAAGUGCCUGGAAUGUAGACACUACACAACUAAAUUAAUGAUUUCGCUUCCGUUUUGUUUUUUGUUUUUUUGGAGGGGCUCGGCUUUUGAGUUUUCGCAUCAUAACUAAGCCGCACAAAAUAAACCUCCAGGUUCUCUCCCCUCCAAUCUUUAUCCGUCCUUUUUUUUGUUGUGUUAUUUCGAUGAGGGUGAAUGCAAUAUACACGGUCAACCCUCAGUUUAUUGUAUUAUAUUAAGGACUGAGAUAUACAGAAGUUAAUUUUUAUUUUGUUACAUUUCAUAUUCUAAAUAUAUAUGUAUCUUGACAAAGUAUCUAUAUUCCAAUGUUUACAAUAAGAUUUAAAUUUUUCUACCUUUUCUUUGCGCGGGCGAUAAAUGAAUUUGCAAUGCUUUCUCCGCUUCGUAGUUAGAUUUGUCGGAACGCCGCCACUGGAAAUAUGGAAUGUGUGUGCACAAGCAUGUCUGCGUUUAAUUAAAAAGAAAUGUAAUAAAGUACAAUUAAACCGUUGAAGAUAUGAGCUGCCUGCUAAUGCGUGUUUAAGAAAGUGUACAUUUUUUUAGUAGCCGUUUUUUGUGCUAAUUUUACUACUUUAUGUAUAUGUAGGGGGCAAGUCUUAUGGCAUAUAUAUAUAAAAAUCUCAAUUCAAAAUGGGGUGGAGUAAGGAGUUUAAAAAAAGUAGGACUAUAUUUUAUAAACGGGCCUUUUAAGUUAUUGCGGCCAAAGCACUGAUAUUAUUAUAUAUAUAUUUGCUGUAAAGAGAAUUUUAAGAGUUUUAUUUUUCUGAUAUUAAAGUUACUUAAUAAAGACGGUUUCAUUUAAAGCCA